GUGUUACUCUAUUCGCCAUGAAGCACUUGUUGCUGCUGCUUAUCGCCAUUUCGGCGUGUACUGCAGGAGUCGUCAAAGACCCCGUACAGGGUUACAAAGAAGGUGACAGGUACUUCUAUUUCCCGGGAGAUGGUGACAACGCUCUCCACCUUGUCGACACGGAGGAACCAGCUGAUUUGGAAUUCAUUGAAGAAUAUACUAGAAACUCCGCUAACAACGCAUAUUGGCUGUUUACAAGAUCUAAUCCUACCACACGUCAAGUAUUAGUACUGGGAAACGCAGGUUCGGUAACAAACUCAAACUUUCACUUUGGAAAAAUCACGGUAUUCCUCGCGCAUGGCUUAAAUGGAAAUGGUGGAAACGAAAUGAAUAGAAUGCUCACACAAGCAUUUUUGCAGAAUGCUGAUGUCAAUGUUAUUGUCCUCGAUUGGAAUCGGUUAGCGGGCCAAGGUUAUACCACGGCGAGAUUAGGAACUGCUGAAGUAGGAAGAGGGCUCGGUCGAUUCAUAAUCUGGCUCAAUGGAUUGGGAAUGUCAUACGACAGAGUACACUUAGUAGGUUUCAGUCUUGGUGGUCACCUGGUCGGAAACGCAGGGCGAGAGACUGGGUCUAGAGUCAGGAGGAUCACAGCUUUGGAUCCUGCUGGACCCUUUUGGGACAAUGACAGAAAUCGUUUAGUAAGGACUGACGCUCGUUACGUAGAAGUAAUUCACACAGAAAUAACAAUUACUGGAUUUAGCGAUUUGUGUGGUGACGCUGACUUUUACCCUAACGGAGGAUCAAACAUGCCUGGCUGCUCGAUCAUUGGACUUUCGUGUUCCCAUGGCCGUGCCUAUGAGUACAUGGCUAGCAGUGUAAAGUACAACCACCUCCUUGCCAACGAAUGUGGAAGUCUUAAUGAUGCUAAGAAUAAUAGAUGCACAGGUUCUCUAAACCCCAUGGGUAACAGCGAUAUCAACAAGUCAAGAGCUGGAAUAUUCAGAGUCAACACGCGAACGAACUACCCAUACUAAAAGGAAUA